CGGUAACAGAAAAGAGGCCGGCAUGGCCUCUCUCAAGUUUCUCUCUGUCAGAAUAUCGGACUCAGAAUAAUCGAAACUCACGUUGAUUUUGACUUACUGAGGACUGAGGAGACUUUUGGUCCUUUGAAGUCUUUUCCCAGAAAGUUGUAUGUCUGCAUGGUCACUGCACUUUUGGAGACUGAAAUCCUUAGCCUUAAAGAAGAAAAAGAAGAAUAUUGUCGAAUACAAUUGAUCGAUGUAUAUACAUUAGUUGCGAGUUAUGUACUUCUGAUUUUCUGUGAUGUUUUGACAAGAUUUCGUUCACGAUUGAAAGAAAGAUGAUACUUAUUAAAUGUGCCAUGACAGAACAGUUGAUGCGAAAAAGCGCUUUAUCAGCGGCAGCAUUUAUACGCAGGUCAACAGCUCUCGGCACGAGUUAUGUCCAACCAUGUAGAGGCAAGAAAAACGACAGUAAUACAAACGUACCGGAAUCUUUAUUCCAUCCUGUACCCAUCAAACCAAAUCCAGAUGAUAUAAAUGUCGGCGCUGAAUUAACUGGAUCUUCUCUGAAGAAGACAGAUCUCUUAAAGAUAUUGAAUAUCUUCUCAAACAAAACGGAAAUCAAGGAAUUGGCUCAGCAAUAUGGAAUACAUAACUAUCUCCAGGGACAGGCUUUUACAAACUUUAAACAGUAUUGCUUAGGAACGGAAUCAUUACCUGUGGAUCUCUAUGUAGUCCUGAGUGAUAUCCUGCAAGGCGCUGGAAAUGUUUCUGAUAUUUUUCCGUACUUCAUAAGUCAUGCCAAGAAAAUAUUUCCACAUCUUGAUUGCUUAGACGAUCUCAAAAAGAUUAGCGAUCUACGAAGUCCUGCUACUUGGUAUCCUCUAGCAAGAUCGAAAAAUAGGAAAAUAAUUUUUCAUGCUGGACCAACAAACAGUGGAAAAACUUAUCAUGCUUUAGAAAGAUUUAUUACCGCAAAAAGUGGAGUAUAUUGCGCACCGCUAAAGUUAUUGGUUGCAGAAGUAUUUUAUAAAUGCAAUGAAAGGGGAACAUCAUGUGAUUUAUUAACUGGAGAAGAACGGAAACAUGUCAAAGGCUAUAAUAAUCCAGCAAGUCAUUUAUCUUGUUCUGUAGAAAUGGCAAAUCUACAAAAUAAUUAUGAAGUAGCAGUGAUUGAUGAAAUUCAAUUAAUGCGUGAUCUUAAUAGAGGCUGGGCAUGGACAAGGGCCCUUCUAGGAAUUCCUGCGGAUGAGAUACAUUUAUGUGGUGAAGAUGCUGCUAUAGAAUUGGUAAAAGCUAUAUGUGUUUCAACGGGCGAAAACGUAGAAGUUCGCAGAUAUAAACGAUUAACACAACUAAAGGUAGAAAAUCGAGCUGUCGAAACGUUGAAUAACAUUAUGCCAGGAGAUUGCAUAGUGUGCUUUAACAAAAACGAUAUAUAUAAUGUGUCGCGUUCUCUCGAGAGCAAAAGAAAAGAAGUGGCUGUAAUAUAUGGCAGCUUACCACCAGGUACCAAGCUGGCGCAAGCUGCGAAAUUUAACGAUCCUAACAAUUCUUGUAAAAUUUUGGUAGCAACCAAUGCCAUUGGAAUGGGUUUGAAUUUGCAUAUUCGAAGAAUUAUAUUUUAUUCGUUAAUUCAGCCAACAUCUAAUGAAAAAGGUGAAAAAGAAAUGGACGUUAUAUCUGUGUCGGCGGCUUUACAAAUAGCAGGUCGUGCUGGACGUUAUGGCACAGCUUGGGAGACAGGCUAUGUAACUACAUUUAAACGAGAGGAUCUAUUAACUUUGAAAAAUUUGUUGAGUCAAACACCGGAAACAAUAACGCAAGCUGGUCUCCAUCCAACGGCGGAUCAAAUUGAACUGUACGCUUAUCAUUUGCCAAACUCAUCGUUAUCAAAUCUAAUGGAUAUUUUUGUAUCGUUAUGCACAGUCGACGAUUCCCUUUACUUUAUGUGCCAUAUAGAUGACUUUAAAUUCUUAGCCGAUAUGAUACAGCAUGUUUUAUUACCACUCCGUGCAAGAUACGUAUUUUGUUGUGCACCGAUUAAUCGGAAAUCGCCAUAUGUGUGUACUAUGUUCUUGAAGUUUGCACGUCAAUACAGUAAAAAUGAUGCAAUAACAUUCAACUGGUUAUGCCAACACAUUGGAUGGCCCUUUCGAAUGCCAAAAACUAUCAUCGACCUAGUCCAUUUGGAAGGCGUCUUUGAUGUAUUAGAUCUUUAUUUAUGGCUAAGUUAUCGUUUCAUGGACUUGUUCCCGGAUGCUGAAAUAGUCCGUGACAUUCAGAAGGAACUCGAUGCACUCAUUGAGGCAGGAAUAGUUAAAUUAACAACUUUAUUGUUCAAUUCGGAAGCAGGUGAAGAGACCGAUAGUUUCGAGUUGCAGACGCAAAAGCAAAAUUUUUAUAGAGGAACUGGUAAACGUGAUAUGGGUAAAGGUAAAUUGACUGAAAGAUUAAUAACGGAAGGGCUCUUAACGCCACAAAUGUUACGUGAAUUACAACACGAAUGGAUUAUGUCAACAAAAAAGAAAAAAUAAUAAAUCUAUAUGCAUAGAGAUGAAAUAUUAAA